UGUCUUAUGGGUGGAAACGCGCUGGACCCCGAGUCUCACGCAGCGGCGCGGCGGGGCUGUCUGUACCUGCAGCGGAGACACUUGAAUUGAUUUUAAAAGAAGAGAAAUGGAGGAGCCAUAGAACUUUAAGAAUGAAUUCAGGAAGGCCUGAGACCAUGGAAAACUUGCCUGCUCUCUACACUAUUUUCCAAGGAGAGGUUGCUAUGGUGACAGACUAUGGAGCCUUUAUCAAAAUCCCAGGCUGUCGGAAGCAAGGUCUGGUCCAUCGAACACACAUGUCAUCCUGCCGGGUGGAUAAGCCUUCUGAGAUAGUGGACGUCGGAGACAAAGUGUGGGUGAAGUUGAUUGGCCGAGAGAUGAAAAAUGAUAGGAUAAAAGUAUCCCUCUCCAUGAAAGUUGUCAACCAAGGGACUGGGAAAGACCUCGAUCCCAACAAUGUUAUCAUUGAGCAGGAAGAGAGGCGGAGGCGGUCCUUCCAGGACUACACGGGGCAGAAGAUCACCCUUGAGGCUGUCCUGAACACUACGUGCAAGAAGUGUGGCUGCAAAGGCCACUUUGCCAAAGACUGUUUCAUGCAACCAGGAGGGACCAAAUACUCUCUAAUACCCGAAGAGGAGGAAGAGAAGGGAGAGGCAGAGUCAGCAGAAUUUGAGAAACCUGACCCCACAAGGAAUUCUUCUAGAAAAAGAAAGAAGGAAAAGAAGAAAAAGAAACAUAGAGACAGGAAGUCCUCUGACUCUGACAGCUCAGACUCUGAGAGUGAUCCAGGCAAGAGGGCAAGGCGCGCGUCGAAAGACAGUAAAGCAGCGAAGAAGAAGAAGAAGAAGAAGAAGCAUAAGAAGAAGCACAAGGAGUGAGAGUAGAAAGAGUGGAGGGGUGGUUGAGUGGAUAGGGAGCCAGAGCCUUGGGACUGAAGCCCUGGCCCCAGGAAGGACUAAUGAGAAUGCGGCUCCCACCCACUGACUUGCCCCCAUGGGCGAUGGCUGCCCCUAAGGCAGCUUUGGGAGUCAGGGCUGGAGUGGCUGCCUGAGUUGAGUUGUUUUCUCCUAGUCCCUUUCCUAGUGGCCCCUGCCACCCCCUUAUUCAUUCACCCAACUUCCCGCCUCCAGCAGAAGUCCUGUUUCUCCAGCUGUCACUGCCAGAACGGAGUUCCUCUCCAGGGACCCCAGGUACUGCUGCACAGCUGCAGCCGUUGUCAUGGCGAACACAGUGGUUGGCCCCUGCCUGUUCGUCUGUCUUGGGCGGAUUGGCCGUGAUCUCUGCUCCAUGUAACGUGGGCACGGAGAGCCCGGCAGCAGGAAGAACACUGUGCCCGCUUCUCCCACUCCCCCAACAUGGCUCCACUAUGCUAGAAGUGAUGGCCAGUGACCACUGCCCGGGGAGGAUGACCUGCGGCGUGGACUAGCUCGGGUGUGACAUUUCACAGACCCCUGCACCAGACAGCUGAAGUCAGGACCACUGCUCCACGUGCUGCCUGCUACCGUGGGAGGGUUAGCUCCACUUCCGGUCUCUGCUUAAAUUCUUGGGACUAAAUGGAUGUGUGUUUGGUUUCAAAUUCACUUGAAGUUCCUAUUCCUAUAAUCUUUGUUCCUGUGUAACUUACAGACUUAAAGUCACUGAGCCUGCAUUUGUUGACAGAAAAACAUUUAAUAUGUUACUUUAGACCUUGGAGAGAGGCCCAGCUGAGGUACAAAGCCAGAGACACAGCAGGCCACAGCCUCCUUGGGAGAUCAGUGGAAGCUCUCCCUUCCGUUGUGAUCAGGUGACUCUUCCCCAGAGCUGGUACAGUCAAAACCUGUAGCCUGCAUGCCGGCAGGGUGCAGAGGCAGGGGCUCAGCAGUCAUCUUGCCCA